AUGAACCGCGGCUGUUUUGCACCUCCCCGGGCCCGGACCAAUUGGCGGUCGCCGGCUAUGCUCUUUACUGCUGUUGCUCAUGCAUUGAACCUCUUCAUUGGUGAAUGCGCCAGUCCACUGACUUUCCCGCCGGGAAACUCUGUCGAAGCUCUUCCUCUCGGCCGACAUCCCCCGUUCCCCGGAUUCUACGGUGCACCGGCAUCUGCAAAGGCGGUCGCGUCCCCCGGCAACUCGGGAUGCGCCGCAGCCCGAGUCUUAUCGCGGCAGCGACCUUCGGACGGCCGUGUGCACCCUCGUGUUCCACGUCCGGAAACCGCUGCGGUCUUAUACCUUGACGAUUUUCGAUCGGUGAUGACGAGAACGUUGAACUCUCUGGUCUGA